AUGGCUAUCUCAAAUCCGGAGCUCGGUCUCUCCUUCGUCCUCUUGGGACUUGUAAUAUAUCUUCAGCGACGCGGCAAGUCCUUCUUUAGUCGGAAAGUUGCCGCCGUUCCUCCAUCGCCCGGGCAUCAAGCACGGAAAGGAUUCGCGAUUCAGACACCAGGCCAAUGGCGGCCGAUGGAAUGGAAACCUCCGGUCAUCGUUCCGCGUGCAGGCUUUGACUUGCAAAAGACGCCCGCACCUGAUUUUCGGCCGUUCCGGCCGUAUGCCCGCCAUAUGAUCCUCACAAAGCCUCUCGACCUGAACGACUGGGUUCUGCUCGACAAUGAAUUCCCCCGCUACCAUGCGCUGCGCACGGCGCGAUAUAACGAACGAGCCGAUCAAAUAUGUGGCUACCUACCACAGGCCAAAGAAGCUGUCUUCGAGCUUUGCCAAGAUCUCUGCGAGUACUUGGUGAGGCGGUAUCCCAAUGUCUACGAAGUGCGACGUAACGCGAAUGGUCUCGGAUGGGAGGGAGACGGCGAGAUCAUCAGUGUCGCGAUACCCAAACUAGGCGCUUAUUAUGACCUUGGCAAAGACGACCCCUUGAAGGUCGCGGGCCUGAUCCAGCCGGAUGACAUCAAUCUUCUCGUUGAAGAGCCCGACGGCAAGUAUUAUCUUUCCGCGUGCAUGUUCGGUCUCGGCUGCGGUCAGCGCCUCGCCGGCAGACUCGGAAUCGAUUUGUCCACUUUACACACCAAUGGGAGGGUCCCACACUACGACUCGCAACUGCGGCAUCCGCUGGAACGAUUCUUGUCGAAGAUGAAGGUUGAUACUCCCAUUCACCGCAACACUGCGACGUUCAGCAUACACGAUGAAUUGCAAUGGCCGACGAUAUCCAUGGGCCCGGAAGACGAUUACGACCCCGUGCUCCGUGGACCAAGAGUGGGAUCGGCAUCUUAUGGCGUGUGGAGUCCGCCACAACCUAUUUCUGACCCGGAGGCAGUUUUCCUGCGGCAGGAGCGUCAGACGUUGCGGAGGCUUCCUAAAUCUGGAGCCGUCGUCUGGUUGGUGCACACCUACGUCCGUAAGUGA